AUGGCGUCUGCUGUGCUAGGACCAGAAUCCCACAGUCCACUCUCAGUGAUUGCAGAGAAGUAUCAGACCAGGUUGGACAUUGCUUGUCCAGAGGAUGAACAGAAGUUCAGCUUUGGGGUGGAGUAUCAGAAAAAGUUGUUCUCUCUCAUUGAUGACCAUCUGGAACUGGACCCUUCUGACAGAUUAAUUUAUGUGGGUGAUAUGAAAGGCAGCAUAGCCAGGGAUUUGGAAAAACAUUUCUGCCUAAUUCAUCAAGUUCAGUCGGUGGUACCUGGGCAUUUCCACCAUGUUGAGACCAGCGUUGGACACAAAACUUUACCUGUCAGGCUUUCACAUGUUGGAGCUGAAGAUUAUUUCAGAAAUUCAGCAGAAGAAAGUGUGACCAGCAAAGUCAAAUACAACCAAAUUUUGGUUAACAACUGUGUUAGAUACCUGGAACAGCCAAGAACUGCUUACAAAAACAUGAUUGCCAGCUUGGCUUCUGGAGGCAGACUAUUAAUAAUUCAUCGAACGGGAAGUCUCAACACAUUGCCCUACUUCAGCGAUGCAGUCCAGAGGUUAACAGACACCGACAUGAAUUAUGCAGAUAUCGUUAAAGACCUUCACCUGUGUAACCUCGAUGUGACCUCGAAGAUUGAGUGCCUGCCAGUAUCUAUGUCCAAGAAGAAAUGGUUGUCUUUGUUGAAGGACAGGUUUCCCACACAGACUGAGAUAUUCACUGACAUAGAGGUUGUGUCAGGGAUAAGAGAAUUGUCUGAAGGGAUACUGAAAUACGAGGGAGACAUAGUUGAUUUCGUUGAUCGGCUGGUUUUUAUCUCGGCCACCGCCCAUCAGAAUUCAGGAGGGCAUACAACCGAAGGAAAGAAAAUGGCAAAUGUGGCGUUGUUGCCUCGGACAGCUGCCCUUAAAUAUGUUGUGAAAAUAUGCCCUGAACAGCUCAAAGAAUUGAUGGGGAGAUUAAAGAGUUGA